AUGAAGAGUAAACGAUGGAUUCGGCAGGAGAAGAACGGCGGAGCGUGGUGCCCGAAGGCGCAGAUCAGCAGCGAAAUACGCGAAUAUCUGGAGGUCGAUUUGCAAAAGAAUCACCUCGUUACGUGGACAGAAACUCAAGGGAGAUUCGGUAACGGUCAGGGGCAGGAGUACGCCGAGGCCUUUCUGGUCGAAUAUUGGAGACCUUCGAUAAAUCAGUGGGUCGUAUAUAAGGAUUCUCGGGGCGAAAAGGUCUUAACUGGGAAUAGCAACACAUAUCUGGUUGUAAGGCAGCGUCUGGAGCUUCCCUUCAUUGCAAGCAAAGUGCGGUUUAUUCCCUACAGUGAACAUCCUCGUACAGUCUGCAUGCGGGUGGAACUCUACGGGUGCUCAUGGGAACAGAGCAUCGCAAAGUAUAACGCGCCCAGGGGCGAGGUGAGGGACGGCGACGUGGAUCUUGAGGAUGUCAGCUACGACGGUGUUCUGGAAGGUGGAUACAUGAGAGAUGGCUUGGGUCAGCUCGCCGACGGGCUGUAUGGAGACGACGACUAUCAAAAGCAACUCCAAGGGGAGAAUUCAGAGAUUUAA